GUCAUGGAGACCCCGCGAUCGAGACCCGGACACAACUCAUUUUGCCACACCUGCAGGAAAUCGGAGGAAAGCCGAAGGAAGGCGAAGAAGGCGUCCCGGUCCGGCCGAUGGUUGCUGUUCGCGUUGGCUCUCACCUUCUACGCGGUGGAGAUGACCUCGGCCGAGACGUUGUGCGGGGGCGAGCUGGUGGACGCGCUACAGUUCGUCUGCGAAGACAGAGGCUUCUAUUUCAGUAGACCCACCAGCAGGGGGAACACCCGGCGCACCCAGAACCGCGGGAUCGUGGAGGAGUGUUGUUUCCGUAGCUGUGACCUCAACCUUUUGGAGCAGUACUGCGCCAAACCCGCCAAGUCGGAACGGGACGUCUCCUCCGCCACCUCCCUGCAGACGGUAGCGGCCGUGCCGCCGUUAAAACAGGAAGCCCCGAGGAAGCCGCCGCCGCACGUGGCCGUCAAGCACUUCCGAUACGAGCAGUGGCAGCGCAAGGCGGCCCAGCGUCUGCGGAGGGGCGUGCCGGCCAUCCUUCGCCCCAAAAAACUGCGACGGCAGCAAGCGGAGAAGAAGAAAACCCCGGAGGAAGGUCGUCUCCGUCCCCGUCCCCACCGGUCCCUCAUCAGCAAACUGCCGCCCCUCAACCACAAAUGA